AUGACCAGGACGGCGGCGCAAAAGGCACGCAGAAACGAUGAAGAAAGUAUCCGGCCUGGGGAAGAGAUCAAUAGCGUGCGGGAGGAGGACCCGAAGAAUUAUAGGCAAGCCAUGAAGAGUGGGCAGAUGGAGAAGUGGCUUACUGCCAUGUCGGAAGAGCUGCAAGCGCUUGAAGACAACGGAGUUUGGUUGGUCGUAGUGCCACCAAAUAAUAGUCACGUGCUGCACACAAAAUGGGUAUAUAAGACCAAAACGGAUGCUGAUGGAGCCAUUGAGCGAUUCAAGGCGAGAUUGGUUGCCUGCGGAAAUGAGCAGGUGUAUGGCGUUGACUAUGGUCUUACGUUUGCUGCUGUUGUGGAGUUGAGCACGGUGAAGGUGAUUCUUGUGCUUGCGUUGCGGUGGGGAGUACCGGCGAGACACGGGGAAAUUCCCAACGCGUACGUGAAGGAUGAUAAAGAAGAGCACUUGGAUAUCUACUUGGCGAUUCCACAGAAGAUGAAGAUUCAGGAUGGCACUCUACGACAAUUUGGCGUACAAGACAAAUCGCACUUAGCGCUAAAACUGAAGAAGUCUCUCUAUGGGCUCAAGCAGGCAGGCCGUCUGUGGAGCUAA